AAUAAAGUGUACACACCUGCAAGAGGAACCUGGUUUACACUCCUAUCAGCCCGUACUGAUAAGUCAUCAUGUCUCGCUACACGCUACACUACUUUGACGUUCCUGCUCGGGGUGAAGCUAUUCGACUGGCUUUUUAUAUCGGGGGAAUCGAGUAUGAAGACCGCAUCGUAUCUUUUAGCGAUUUAACCGAAUGGCAACUGAUGAAGCAGGAUGUGCUUACUGGCAAAGAUAAAGAUGUUGGUAAAAUGCCAUUCCUUCCUUGGUUGGAGAAAGACGGGAAAUUCAUUUCACAAAGUGGUGCCAUACUUCGAUACAUAGGCCGAGAGACAGGAUUGUGUGGAGCAAACAGCUGGGAAACGGCUCAGGUAGACAAUAUAUCCGACACUAUCGACGAUCUUAUCACGUUGGGUUUAAGUAAAGUCUACCAUGCAACUUCUGAAGAAAAGCCGAAAGUAGCAUUGACGUUUUUCGAAGGUGACUUUAAAAACAUCGUCGGGGCAUUGGAAAAGGUGUUGUCGGCUAACUACGGUGGGAAAAAGUUCUGCGUUGGCAAGAAACUCACCUACGCCGAUCUAAUGGUUUUCGUAUACUUAAAUAUGUUUGAUACAAUGGUAGCUCCUCACCUUAAAGGCAAGGAUCCUUACAAGACCAUUCCUUUGACAAAAUCGCUGAGAGAUAGAGUUGGUUCUCUUCCUAAAGUCAAAGAAUAUUACACAGUUCGGGAAAAUAACAACAAACCCAAUAGUCUAACUUAAAAAUAGGUGGAGUCGGGCAAACAUAUACCAGCCUUGAACUUUUUUUCCUCGGGAGAAACGGGUCGAUUGCGCCUGUCAAUCAAUUGCUGCGAACGUGCGUAUAUGAUCACGGGUCAUGCAUUCCUUUCUUACUUCGUUAAGCAAUGUAUUUUUGGGUAUUCCAUCAGAAGUUUUACAUCUAUCCUACCACGAGGUGUAGUGAUGAUACAUUGCGUUUAACAUGUGCCGCUUUAUUUUUGCUCGAAUUACGUAAUUUUAAUGAUAGCGUUUUCCAAAUGCAAAAUUUAUCUAUCAGAUACAGAUACGAUUUAUUUGGUUAUUAUUAUUAUUAUUAUUAUUUUCAUUUCUUUUCACUCGUUCUUGCCUUUGUACAUAUGCUUUUAUGAUAGCCAGGUAAAAAAAAACUGCCCAAAUAUUAUCAUAUUAUGAUUUUUAAAAAAAAAGUUAUUAUUCAUUUAUCCAAGUUUAUAAAUGACGUUACAGUCAUUCCUGGAUGUGUGCGUGACAUGUACGAUUGCAAACAAUGCGUCACUACACUUAAAGAAAGGUUACAGAGAGGUCAUUCAAGUUCACAUGUGUACGUUACUCACAGGGAAGGGUGUGGAAUUCGAGCAUUAUAAUGAGUAUUGCUUGCAUGCAUUCAUUUUGAUUACACGGCGCCCGUUCUACAGGGUCCUCGUUAGUAACAUACCCGUGACCUUCCUUUUAUAAAAAAAGGGAAUAUUAUUUUCUGCAUUCUGAUAAAAUCCACCGUAUUUAACAUUGACGAACUUCCAUUUGUGAUUGUAUUUUAUAUUUAUUGUAAAUGUAAUAGUAUUAUAUUAUAAACCGAUUUCUUUCUCGGUUUUUGACGACAAGAUAUUUUCAGAAAUGUUGAUUUUUUAGAAUGUGGCGAUUUUGAGGAAAAAUGAAUUAAACCAUCCCAGUGCCUCCCAGGGCAAGCCUUUACACAGGUUAUUUGGGAUCUAUCUUUUCUACCAAUAUUAAUUUAUCCAAUACAGUAUAUCGAAGAGUGUCAUAUUUUUUUUUUGGAAAAAGGAUAUUUCAUGUAACGUAUGUUCAGAUCAUAGCAAAUAAAGCUUACGAUAUCUAAAAAAAA